AUGGGCAGCGAGUUCUCCCCCUCUACAGCAAACACAACGAUGGCUACGCUCCGCUCCGCCUCUGAAAUGCUUCUCACCUUUGAAUCUGCCUUCAGCAACGAUACCCAGGUCGACUUUGGCCAACUCCAGGCACUCGCCGACACCAGGAUUACACAGGGCAUCCUGUUCGGCACCCGCAUAGGCACAUCCGUACUUACUAUCAUCACCUUGUACAUGGUGUCGAAAAAUCGCAAGACGCCUAUCUUCAUCAGCAACUUCGUCUCGCUUUUCCUCGUCGCGCUCCAUUCGGCGCUCUACCUGGGCUAUCUGACUACGCCAUUCGCCUCUCUAACUUUCAACCUCACCCUGUUCCCAGACCUCAUUCCUCGGUCCAACUUGCACCUCUUUGCGGUCACAAACGUGGUCCAGGUGUUGCUCGUAGCCGCCGUCGAAGCGUCUUUGAUCCUCCAGGUGCGCAUUAUUUUCCACAGCAAUACCCUCAAGCCUGUUGGCAGGGUACUCGUCGCCCUGUCCAGUGUGCUGGCUGCAGCCACCACUGUACUUUUUUUUGUAUCUGCCGUGAAGUCUAUUAGGAGUGUUUACGCUGAUGUUCUUGCUAUCCAGGAUACGUUGUUCUUUAACCUUGCGACCAUUAUGUUGGCCACGUCAGUCAAUUUCAUGACUCUUCUACUAACUGUCAAGCUUGUUCUUGCAAUAAGGUCCAGAAGAUUCCUGGGCCUAAAGCAGUUUGACAGUUUCCAUAUUUUGCUCAUCAUGUCUUUUCAGACACUGGUCUUUCCUAGUUUGUUGCUAAUUCUUUCCUACGCGCUGAAUGGAAAGAAGGGAACCAACACCCUCUCAACGCUAGCCACAUUGCUCGUAACGCUAUCGCUGCCUUUAUCGUCUAUGUGGGCUACAUCCGCUAAUAACUCACCAAGGCCGUCGUCUGUGAACACGCGUUUCUCUCCGUGUCUCAGCGACAAUGGCUCCAGCAAGUUUGACAACCAUAGUCUCUUUUCUCACAGUAUGAAUUCAACGGCCUAUCAACGCCACGAAGAUCGCGCUUACGAUCUUUAUCCAAUUUCGAGGUCAGGAAACAUAGACGAGGACUAUGGAUACGGCAUGGAACCCCUUGACAAAGACAAUUGCAGAACACUAGCUGUCUCUGUAAAAUCGGGCGACACCAGCCCAGGUUCCAGCAGCCAUGGCGAGCUUUCAAGACUGCCCAGCUCUGACGCUAAUCAACAAACGCUAGAGACCUUGGAACGUGCAAUACAAGCGGGCUCUUUCACUCCUAAUACAGUAGAUGAUGAAGCAGCCCGCAGCUUUUGGGCCAAUGCUAAGCCCUGA